AUGAAGCAGUACAAACUCUCCAAAGAAGGCAGCUCGGGUGGCUACAGAUAUGAGCCAGAAAAAGGCGAUGCAGAUUCUUUCACUGUGGACAUCAAACAACGCCCAAUCGGCGAAAACCCUUUCAUAUUCCUGUACCAAGACUCAAGAACGCAGCCAGACCACAAAGACAUAAUGCUUGCCGCAGGCCGACUUUCAACGUCCUCCAGCUUCAAAAUCUACCUCGGAGACCCCAAGUGCUACUUCGAGGAAUAUGAUAAGUCGCUCCCGUGUGAGAAGAUGAAUAUUGAGCGCCCAGAGUCAACGUGGUCUCUUGAUUUCGAUGAGUUGGAUCUUAGGAGGGACUUUAUAUGGAAGAAGACGAGACGAAUUGCCGUCGAAGGGGUAGAUAAGCCUUCUCGCCUGUUGGCUCGGAAUUGGAAGCUCACUUAUGCGAAUGACCCCGACGAUGUGCUAGCUAUUUUCACUGGCGAUCUCGGUUUGUCGCGAGGAGGCACCUUGCAGAUUAAUGUAGACUGGGGCGUCCAGUUUGAACAUAUGGUGCUUAUUACCCUGGUGUGCCAGUUUUCGAAACACAAGCAGACAGCCAGCCGUAGUAGCGGCGCAUCUCUUGUUACUCCUCCAGUAUAG